AUGAAGAGCCUGGACGAGGCUCCGGAGACUGAAAUCAUCAGAGAGAACAACAACUGGGAGCCAGAAAAUCAAUCAGAGACAUCCCAUAAUAAGAGUCUGCUCCUUGCCGAUCCAUGGAAACCAUGCCGACGGUCCAGCGCUACUGUCAAAGGGUGGUUGCUAAAGCUGAGGUGUUGUUUGGGAACAGUGUGUGGGAUGGAGUGGUAUAGCUACGCUGCUCUGGGCAUUUUGACUGCCAUCCUCAGCUUUCUGAUGGACCUCAGCGUGACAAAGCUGCUGAGAGCUCACCAGUGGCUUUACAUGAAGCUGGAAGGCAACACUCCGCUGCAGUUCUUCUGCUGGACUCUUUACCCAGCAUGCCUUUGCGCUGUCGCCUCAUCGUUCUCCCACAACAUCUGUCCCUUCUCCACAGGCUCGGGGAUACCAGAGGUUAGAACCAUGCUGGCCGGCAUAGAGCUCCCUCACUACUUGUCUCUCACGAAUAUGUUUACCAAGUUCCUGGGUCUUAUCUGUACACUGGCAGCUGGAAGCACUGUUUUCUUGGGCAAAGUGGGUCCUUUUGUGCAUCUUUCCACCAUGGUCGGAGCGUACCUGAGCAAACUCUGCACUCUUAUGCAGGCCAAUAAGAAGGAAAAAGCAGCUGGAGAAAUGCUGGUUGUAGCUGCUGCUGUCGGUGUAGCCAGCUGCUUUGGCGCUCCUAUUAGUGGUGUGUUGUUCAGUGUGGAAGUGAUGUGUUCUCACUUCACCCUGAGGCAUUACUGCCCGUGUUUCUUCUCAGCCGCCUGUGGAGCGUUGACCUUCCGCAUGUUCUCAGUGUGGAGCGGAGAUUCAGAGACUCCUCAGGCGUUGUUCAAAACUAAUUUCCCCGCUGCUGUACCUUUCUACCCGUUGGAGAUUCUGCUGUUUGCUUUCCUCGGGCUGCUAUGUGGAGCUGUGAGCUGCUGCUACCUAUUCUGGCAUCGCUGGAUCCUGCGAUUCACCAAAACAAACCCGACCUUCAUCAAAAUGCUGACGACAGAGAAGGGUUUAUACUCAGGCAUGGUGGCCUUCCUCCUGGCGUCUCUGACAUUCCCCCACUCUGCCGGACAAUAUAUGGCUUCUAAGCACACCAUGAAGCAGCUCCUAACCUCCUUACUGGAUAGCAGGCAGUGGAGCUCUCAAUCCCAUAAUACCUCUGUUCAUCUGGGGCCCGAGCCUCUGCUGGAGUGGAGCCCAUCAGGGAGUUCUGUCUUCCUUCCUUUGGCUGUCUUUCUGCUAAUGAAGAUGUGGAUGUUGGUCCUCGCCUGCACUCUGCCUCUGCCAGCUGGAUAUUUCAUGCCAGUGUUUGUCUAUGGGGCAGCAUUGGGCCGUUUGCUUGGAGAAGGAGUAGCUUAUGUGUCUUCCACUGAAAUGACUUCAGGCCAACAGUGGGCUUCUAUAAACCCCGGGGGCUACGCACUUGCUGGUGCAGCAGCCUUUUCUGGCGCUGUGACACACACGUUGUCCCCUGCUCUCCUGGCUUUAGAGUUAACGGGCCAGUUCAGCCACACUCUACCCAUCCUCGUUACCACUCUGCUGGCCAAUGCUGUGGCUCGCUCUGGACACCGUCCCUCUUUCUAUGAUGCACUCACUAUCAGCAAGAAGCUCCCACACCUGCCCUCUCUAAAGAGGGCAUGCCCCUGGCUUCCCUCCACACCAGUCGGACAGGCUUUGGGAGCGAAAUCAGUGCGGCUUCAGAAGGCAGCUGGGCCAGCAGAGGUUCAGCAUGCUGUCAACACCAGCACUGACGCACAAAUCCCUGUGGUGGACUCGCAUGAGUCACAGAUUAUCCUGGGCUUUGUUCUCCGUUCAGAGCUGCUGAUGUUCCUGCGUCACCGUAACACUGAGACUCAGGGGAAACAUCUGGAUGAAGUCUGCUGUAUACACACAGCCUAUGUCCUGUUAUCACCUCAAAACACUGUUCAGGAGGCUCACAGUAUCCUGAGUCUGCUUGGAGCUCAGACCUUGUUUGUCGCAGACAAGGGAAGGCUGGUCGGGCUCAUCACAUGGACAGAGAUGAAGAGAAUAUUGGAAGACUUGGCCAAAGAAAUCUAAGCAGCAAUGCACAGGGUCUACA